CGCCCCGCCCAUCGCGUCGCCAAAUUGGACGGGCAGCGGCUGUUUGCGCAAAAACUCCCGCAUUUCGGCUGAAAAGUGACAGAUUACCGGGGCGAACCGGCGCGGACACCGGGAUUAUUGAUGAUAGGCGCUCGCUCGCGCGGAAUAAAGCUGCCGGACAUCCGCGAAGCGCGAGCAGCGACCGGGUUCGGCCUCCAGUCCGCCCGAGUGUGUGCUACCGAUCCGAACCGCGUCCGUCGAGCCUCCCGGGCGCCGAUAUCGGCCCGGUUACCGGGCGGCGGCUGUCGCGUGUGUGUGUGUUGAUGCACUGACACACACACACACACACACACACACACACCGCCGGUUGUUGUCUCGGCUCGGCUCAGUGAUCGGGCCUCAGCAGAACCCGCGGGAGCUCGGAUGGAUGUGUGACGCGGACUCGCCCCGGGUCAGGAUGGAGAACCCGCAGAAACACAGCUCUCUGGUCAGGGAUCUGACCCGAGCCUUCAGCCACUACAACAAACACAACGUGUUCCUGAAGAAGAACCUGAAGGAGACCGUGAGCUUCUUCCGAGAGAUCCGACAGAACCACAGUAACGCGUGCAGCAGCGCGUCUCCCGGGGCUCCGGACGCCGGUCAGCUCAGCUGCAUCUCGCUCCCGCGUCACGAGGAGGAAUAUCUGCAGAAUGUGGUCGGUAGAGUCCCCUACAUCCUCAUCCUGGGCCAGGACUGCUCGGCUCGGUACCAGCUGCUCAACUGCCUGCUGGGAGAGAGGCUCCUCCCCCUGGGCUCGGAGGUGGGCGGGGCCUGUGGGCCGGAGGGCGGGGCCUGCAGGAGGAGGAAGCUGUGCUUCACACAUGGCCGUCAGACACGUUUAAGCCUGGCUCUGCCGGGACAGUACGAGCUGGUGCAUCAGCUGGCGGCUCACUGCGGACGCUGGGACACGGUUCCACUCGAGGACCUGGAGAUCCAGGAGUGUGAGGAUCCUGCGCAGCGAUUGGCCGAGCUGGAGAUCACGCUCCAUCACGCACUGCUGCAGGAGGCAAAGGUCAUGGUGCUCCCGUGCCGCGGUGUCCAGCCGGUGGAGGAGGCUCUGGAGGACUGCAAGCGCAGCAUCCUUCCCAUCAUCCUCUACGCCGUCAGUACAGACACGCUGAGCGCCGAGCAGGUGAGCGACCUGCAGAAGGUGCGUGAGACUCUGCCGUUCCCCGUCUGCUUCAUCCGGGUCUCCAGCGGCUCCUCGGACCCCGGGGCCCUGCACAGACAGCUGCUGGCCCUGGAGCUCGUGGCUGCUGCGGCGGGAAACUGUGCCUGUGGGGCUCCGGCUCAGACGCCCGGGAAGAUGCAGAGUGUUGUGGGAGAGAAUCUGGAGCGUGUGCAGCGUGUGCUCGGGCCCUUCACUCGACAGCUGCUGCAGAACCAUCAGGUGGAGGCCGCCUCGCUGCUGAACACCGUCCACUGCCGCUGCCUCGACCUCUUCAUCAACCAGGCGUUCGACAUGCAGAGGGAUCUUCAGAUCACGCCGCGGAGGUUGGAGUACACGCGUGAGAAGGAGGGAGAACUCUACAGCUCUCUGAUGGCCAUCGCUAACCGCAAGCAGGAGGAGAUGAAGGACAUGAUCGUGGAGACGCUGAGCUGCAUGAAGGAGCAGCUGCUGGAGGACGCCGCUAACCUGCACUUCACAGACAUCAUCAUAUCGUCUAACGGCGAGCCGGUGAGCUCGAAGGACAUCAAGAUGUGCAUCAGUCAGAUCCAGGACCUGAUCGUGGUGCGUCUCAAUCAGGCCGUGGCUAAUAAACUGACCAGCUCGGUGGACUACCUGAGAGAGAGCUUCGUGGGGACGCUGGAGAGAUGCCUGGGCAGCCUGGAGAAGAGCACACCUGAGUCCUGCAGCAACGUCACCUCCAACCACCUCAAACAGAUCCUGAACGCAGCGUAUCACGUGGAGGUGACCUUCCACUCGGGCUCCUCCGUCACCAGGCUCUUCUGGGAGCAGAUCAAACAGAUCAUCCACCGCAUCACGUGGGUCAAUCCUCCGUCCGUCACGGCCGAGUGGAAGCGCAAGGUCGCGCAGGACGCCAUCGAGAGCCUGAGUGCCCCCAAACUGGCCAAGAGCAUCUGCUCUCAGUUCAGGACCAGACUGAACAGCUCCCACGAGGCCUUCGCCGCCUCGCUCCGACAGCUGGAGGAGGGUCACACGGGGCGUCUGGAGCGAACUGAAGACCUGUGGUUGCGGGUCAGGAAGGAUCACGCCCCUCGACUCGCCCGCCUGUCACUGGAGAGCCGAUCGCUGCGAGACAUACUGCUGCACGGAAAGCCGAAGAUGGGCCGUGAGCUGGGCCGGGGUCAGUACGGUGUGGUGUAUCUGUGUGAUAACUGGGGUGGACGUCACCCGUGUGCCCUGAAGUCAGUCGUUCCUCCGGAUGACAAACACUGGAACGACCUAGCGCUCGAGUUCCACUACACACGGUCUCUGCCUAAACACGAUCGUUUGGUGAAUCUCCACGGCUCAGUUAUCGAUCACUCGUACAGCGGCGGCUCCAGUAUCGCGGUUCUGCUGAUCAUGGAGCGGUUACACAGAGAUCUCUACACCGGACUGAAGGCCGGUCUGUCUCUGAAGGAGCGUCUUCAGAUCGCUCUGGACGUGGUGGAGGGGAUUCGGUUCCUGCACGGUCAGGGUCUCUUACACCGCGACAUCAAGCUGAAGAACGUUCUGCUGGACAAACAGAACCGGGCGAAGAUCACUGACCUGGGCUUCUGUAAACCCGAGGCCAUGAUGUCGGGCAGUAUUGUGGGGACACCCAUCCACAUGGCUCCAGAACUCUUCACAGGAAAGUACGAUAACUCGGUCGACGUGUACGCGUUUGGGAUCCUCUUCUGGUAUCUCUGCUCCGGCUCCGUCAAACUCCCAGAAGCCUUUGAGAAAUGCUCCAGUAAAGACCAGCUGUGGACCAACGUCAAGAAAGGCUCGCGUCCCGAGCGUCUGUCCACGUUUGACGAGGAGUGCUGGCAGCUGAUGGAGGCCUGCUGGAACGGAGACCCUUCCCAGAGACCCCUGAUGGGCAUCGUCCAGCCCAGCCUGCAAAGCAUCAUGGACCGCCUGUGCGGCAACCUGGAGGACUCGAAUUGACACUCAUUUCCCUGCAUGCUCCUCUUGAGACGCUAAAGGAAAGCAGCUUGUUUGUGUGUAAAAAAAUGGACAAAAGUUGCUCGUCUGCCUCAGAUCACGCGUGUCAUAUUCAGCGCUGCUCGUCACAGAUCCUCUAGAACCGAGCGUUUUACUCGUAGUCGAGUUUGUGUUACAGAUGAACUGAACCGCUGAUUUUUAGAUGGUGUUUAAACUGGUUUACAUUUAUCCUGAGAUGACCUUUUUUAAUAAAAUCAUUUGGACCAAU